UAUCAGAGCACGUCACGUCGCCGUGGGUACAUGUAUGUAUUCACCUCACCACGUCGAUAAAGCAGCUCGGUCAGUCAGAUCUCAGAGCGAGCAGUAAGUGGACGCGCCAGCGGAGACUCGAUAGGACUGCCUCGGUCGUCCCGCGAUAGUCGUCUUGGUCGCUAAUUUCCUCUGCUCUGUUCCCUCGAUCGUUCGUCGAUCGAUAAUUCGUCGUGUAUAGUUCGUCGUUAUUCGCGUUACACCGUAUCUGUAUCCGUCCGUGUCGUGUUGUGUCGUGUGAUUCUACUCUGGUCGCUUAUCCUGUCGCCCCGUCAUAGGGGCGCCUACUGGGCGCGAUCUGUUCGUACGGUAUAUCUCGUCGCGGACCGGUGCCCGGGUAAGACUCCAGCCUCAGAAACUCGGAGAGAGAGAGAGAGAGAGAGAGAGAGACGGAUCGCCGUUUAUCUCCCAUCGCGAUUACCGCAUACGGCGGCCGUAGCGCCGUGACGUUAACGGAGGAUCACGAUUCGAAGUCUCGCCGACUUCGUCAUGCUGUCAGUCGCAGCGAUCGCGACGACGACGACGACGUUGACGUUUCCCGGAUCGAGGAGAAGAGACGCUGACCUCUAGCUGCUGAUAUGGGGCUGAUAUUAGUCGAACGUUUGGUCCUCAGAUCCACGAGCUCUCUCUACUUGGGAAAUAAAUAAAACUCAAGUGACUUGAGGAGUACGAGACGACGUUCUUUUCGAAGGGUAGACGACUAGUCUCAGGAUGGCUUCGACCUCCAGCAGCACGUCGCCCGACGUUCAAGUGUUGAUGGGCAAGGGAAAACGCGGAGCGGCCGCUUAUAUCAGUUUGACCACAGGUCGGGACACCGGUGGUUGUCCGUCGUAUCUUAACGAACUGCUGGACGUCUUGCUGAACCCUAGCAAGCCGAUCGCCGAUUGGGAGACCAUCGACUGGUGCAAGUGGUUGAUGGCCGGUGGCCGCACACCCGACGAGUUCGCCAGUACAGUACGUACCUACGAUAAUGCUACUACCUGUGGUCUGGUAUGGACACCAAACUUUGUAGCAUAUCGCUGUCGCACAUGUGGCAUAUCUCCCUGUAUGUCCUUGUGUACCGAGUGUUUCAAAAAGGGAAAUCAUCAUCGUCACGAUUUCAACAUGUUUCUCAGUCAAGCAGGUGGUGCAUGUGACUGUGGCGAUACGUCUGUGAUGAAGGAGACUGGAUUUUGUGAUAGGCAUGGGCCAAAGGCUGCUGUAAAUAAAUCAGUUGCACCAUCGGAUUUGAUGUGUGUAGCUGAGGCAAUGAUGCCCAGAAUUAUUCUUCGACUCAUACAACAUUUACGUGAGAAUUGUAAAAUGGAUGUGCCAGAUAAUAGAGCUGCUAUACAUGAAGCGGAUUCAUAUUUGACCAUGUUGCUAGAUUUGAACAACAUGGGCGCAUUAAUGAGACACGUUAUGACAUCAGCUCUCACGAAUCCGCAAAAGUACCGAGGUCUCAUGGAUCCCUCGGUAUUAACCGGACAAUCCGAAUACGAUAACUAUUGUCAAGAUAGCAACAAAAUAUAUCAGCAUGCCGUAAAAUCGUUACCGAAUCCAGAACCACCCGAUGAAUAUAAAGAAUGCGUGUCGCUUCAAGAACACUUAGAGCACACUACAUUCUUGGAGGAACUAAUGUUCUGGACGGUUGCUUAUGAAUUUCCGCAGAAAUUGGUUUGUCUGCUAUUGAACAUGUUGCCAGAUCCUGAUUAUAAGGAAGCUUUAACCCGCGCCUUUGUGUUGCAUUAUAGUAGAAUCUCUAUGAUGCUCGAGCGUUCCCAAGAUCCCGAUACGUUGAGCAAUAGAGUAGUACAUGUUAGCGUGCAGCUAUUUAGCAACGAGAAAUUAGCGUUAAGGAUGGUUGACCAGUUGAAAUUGUUACAUGUUAUGGUUAUCAGUUUGAAAUACAUGAUGAGCAAAAUACUCAUUCAAAACACUUUGCAUGAUCCAGAUAAAAAUUUCCAUUAUGUCGUGGAUUGUGGACGUCAAGUGAUGAAGGAACAUUGUUAUUGGCCAUUGGUGUCCGAUUUAAACAAUGUGCUCUCGCACAAACCGGUUGCAGUCAGAUUCAUGAGUGACAACACUCUUUUAGAAAUGUGGUUCGACUUUCUGUCUAUGUUUCAAGGCAUGAACGUCAACCAGAGGGAGUUGAGCCAGCAUGUUGAGUUUGAACCUAACACUUAUUACGCGGCAUUUAGUGCGGAACUAGAAGCAAGUGCAUAUCCAAUGUGGGCCUUAGUGUCGCAUCUUCGGGGACCCGAAAGUGCGACAUUAAGUCGACGGGUGCUUACCUUUUGCCUCACAGCUUUGCAAGAUUGGCUAGACGCCGUGAACUACACUCAUCCAAACGUGAGUGAUAGUUUGCAAGUGUCAUUUCAUCUGCCGCUUCAUCGAUAUCUCGCCGUGUUUAUGUGUCAGGCCAUUCGACAACAGGGAGCAACUCUGCGCGAAUUACUACCGCCCACGGACAUGUUGCAUCUCCUUAUGAUGCAUCCACUGCGAGUGCAGGUGGCUUUUUAUGAGAUCUUGAAUGGAUUAUGGGUUCGCAACGGACUGCAAAUAAAGGGCCAAGCAAUGACCUACAUACAGUGUAAUUUCUGCAACUCCAUGGUAGACGCAGAUUUGUAUCUAUUGCAAAUUUGCGCCACGAAAUUACUGCCGGAUGUCUUUCUGAAAACCAUCAUUGAAAAAUUUCAUGUGAGGGAAUGGAUGAGUCUUUGCUUGUAUCACGCUCCGCAAAAUGAAUAUCUUGAGGGCGAGCACGAUACGCCAAUGUUAGAGAGCUGUCUCACAUUCUUGGCUACACUGGUCAACGUGAGAACGAAUCUCGGUUUAUCGGAUCCUGAGAUGUCCCGUCUUGAAAUGGUGACUCUACUGUGUAUGGGUGAUAAAACGCAUAGCCAAUUGAUGGAACUGAUGCCAGAACGCUGUGGAACCACACAAAACAGAGACUUUGAAUCUGUUCUAGCUGAUGUAGCGCAAUAUAGAGCUCCUAAUCUCGAAGCGAGUGGCAAUAUGCAGCAAGGUAUGUACGGACCAAAACCUCAAGUAUGGGACGAUCUCUUCGAUCCUUUGCACGUUUUGUUACGAGCGGUCCAUAGAAGAGAUUUCCAGAUAUCCAUGGAUCGUUUUACGGCAUACGUAAAGCAAUCAGGCAAACUGAAAAACAGUGCUACUCCUUGGCCGCCCUUCAGACACCCCGCUUCGGUAUCAUCGGAUUACGAUGAUCCCCGGAUCGUCUUACGUACCAGAGUCUUUCACGCUAUGAUCCUGAUAAUACUAUAUAAGGCUGUGAAUGGGCAUAAUAUAUCAGAGCACGUUAUGGCAUUAGCUAUUUAUCUCCUGGAGAUGGCGGUGAUUACUGCAGAUUCGCCGAAUAAAUCUGUGAAUCCUUUAUGUCAAUAUACUGGUGGUAGUUCUCGUGUGAUAAAGGAUAUGGAUUUAGGUGGAUGGUAUGAAAGCGAUAGUUUGUCCGAAAAUCUGAGGACAGUGAUACCUCGAGUGAUUCUAGUCCAAGAGUCGGAGCCGAACAGUUCGGACAGUGAGUUUGAAUGGGAGAUUCAAGGAGAAAUGAGCGAAGUGGCAACAUCCAUAGUGCUAAAUGAUGGUACUGACGAUGGCGCGGAGGAAGGUUCUCUAGAGCUUUUAGGAUUUUCUGUAGACACUGUGAGAGAUGACAGUGGCAUAUCAAGUGCGAGCGCGACAGCUCUGCCAGCUUUACUAUCAUCAAUUGAAAGUGUUACGUCCUUGCCAGCUUUACCAUCAACAAGUGUGGAGUAUGAUCUGAUUGUACCUGAAGACGGAAUCGUUGCUAUACCCCUUAGUAAUAGCGAGGAUGAUCUAACGAUACCAUUGCAAAGAGCUCUACCACCAUCCAGAGAAGAAUCUAUGGCUCUAGCAAUCGAAUUGCCUUCUUCGCCAAAUAAUGUAGUCAGCGGCCAACCUGCCUUACCACCUGCUCCUCAACGUCCGGCGGUUCUAGCCGGAAAUGAGAUAGUUGCAGCGCAGCCUGUUAGUUACAGGACUACAGAAAUAGUUCCAUCCACAUCAAAUCCUCACAAACAUUUUAAGAGACGAGAGCCACAGGUUGGAUUAAUGCAACCACAAACUGUAAAAGUGGGAGAGAGCAUAAUUUCUUUGCUAUUGAAAUUACAUUCUCAAUUGUCAGGCGUACCGGACAGCUACAAUCCUGAACAAAGUGCAAUAUCAGACAACGAAGCCGGCAGCAGUUGCAGCAGCAGUUGCAGCAGCAGUUGCAGCAGCAGUUAUUCUUUCGCGUCGCAAUCGUCGCUGAGCGACUCGCGGAUUGGCGAUGGGCCAUUCUUUAUAUCGCAGCUACUUAGAAAAAUAGCAGAUUUAGAUCCCAUGUGUAGACAAACUAUUAUUGAGACUAGAAACAAAUUGUGGCCUCGCAUGCAGGAAUCCGAGGAGGAUGAGCAGCGCGAGAGAGAAAAUCGCGAACGGGAGGAGCGACGAAAGAGGGCGAAAGAAAGGCAGCAGAAGUUGAUGGCGGAAUUCGCCAACAAGCAGAAGCAAUUUAUAGAGAAAGCAAUGAAGACCGAGGAAGCGGGUGCAUCUGGAAUGGAUUGGGAUCAGGAGGAAAACACGACUAAACUAGCUAGUAAAAAAGAAUACGAUUGUGUGAUAUGUAAUCAAACUACUCCCAGUAGCGAGGACAAACCAAUGGGACUUGUUGUAUUAGUUCAAGCAACUAGUAUUGUUGGUCACGAACGACAGGAAUCGGACAGGCUAGUUCUUCCCACAUCCGAUGAAGAUCCACCUAUACCGAAGGGAAAUACUCGAGGGGCUUAUUUUGACCGCAGGAUGGACGAAAUGAGUCGUUUAUUCCACACGUUUUCGUGGCUAAUCUCGGUGAAUCUAGGAUGGGAAGGCGGUGUCCACGUACAAACGUGCGGUCAUCACCUGCACUUAGAUUGUUUAAAAUCCUAUCUGGAAUCUCUUCGUAGUCAACAACGGCAUCAGAGUCUAGCAGUGGAACGGGGCGAGUACCUAUGUCCGCUCUGUCGACAGCUGGCCAAUUCUGUUUUGCCAUUGUCGCCACAAUUAGGCGAGUGCUCAGCAGUGGUGCGAUCUCGUCACGCUUCCACAAAGACCAUAUUCGCAGAUCUGAACACUUUCCUCAAAGAGGUACAACGAAAUCCGAUCUCUUCGAAUCUGGCUGUGGCAAUGGGAAAAGCAAUGGAGGACAUGACGAGUUGCACGUAUCUAAAAUAUAAGCAAAAGAACUGUAAACCUAGUCACCAAAGCUUGUUCCUUUUUGUAACUUCAGUAGCUCGAACUAAUUUUGAGAUCGAACUUGUACAACGUGGCGGAUCGUUGUGCGUUCCAUCGCCCACCACGAUACCGUUAACGCCUAAACGCGAUUGUAUAGUCGCUCUUCUUCACGUCUUAGCGAUGCACGCUCGUGUACUGGUUACCUGGCCAGUGCAUCACGUGUGGCAACAGCUAUCGGGUAUACCGCUAGUAGAAGAACCGGCGUCUUCGUUCGCCUUGACGCCAUGCGAAAGAGAGGUUCCUUUGCUCCUGCGAGAUCCGACCGCUAUGCUCAUUCAAUUCAUACUGUUGUUGCCGCUACAUUUGGAUCAAACAUACUUCUCGGGCGUGGUAAAGGUCCUUUACAAUUUGCUGUACUAUCAGGUGAUAUUACAAAUAAGUUGUAAUUUCUCGCGACCUGAGCGAAAUACAAUCCUGAAGAGGAGAUAUAGUUGCGCUACCACGCCUUCGGAGACCAUAUUGGCCGAGGUUAUUGAAUAUUUUAGCGACAGCGGGCUUUAUUCUGGCACAGACGACGACAAGCCAUCUACAUCAUCCUCUCCCACUUACGCCAAAGUUAAAACACAUUGCAUUGAACAACAAAUCCAGUCGUUAUGUUUGCCAUUUCUACGAGUGGCAUCGUUGCUGCGUUAUCACCUGUACGAACAGCCUUUACCGCUAAUUAGAACGCCGCAGAGCGAGUUUGUGAGAUUGGUGUACUAUUUGGAGCUGGUCACGGAAGGCAUGAGUUGGGACAGCUUUGAUUCAACGGUGGCAUUGAAUUGGCAGGAACAAGAGGCGAGUGUUUCGGUGCCGCUUUUCUGGUGUGAUCAAUUGCUUGGAUUUCUUGUCAACUGGCAAAAUCACCAGCCGGCUCGCGAUCUCAUUAUGGAGCAGCAUAUAUCUUGGCAUGUGCCGAAGCUGCUCAGUCUUCCGAGGGAAUACGAAAAGAUCUUCACGUAUUAUCACGAGCGGCAGUGCAGCCAAUGUCAUUCUGUCCCGCAGGAAAUCAGUAUCUGUUUGUUAUGUGGCACUAUUGUCUGCCUCAAACAAAAUUGUUGUAAACAAUUGAACGUGUGCGAAGCUAUUCAGCAUUCGAUCGAUUGUGGAGGUGGAACUGGCAUCUAUCUUGUAGUGACUUCGACUUACAUUAUCGUGAUACGCGGUCGACGAGCUUGUUUAUGGGGAUCUUUAUAUCUCGAUGAUUUUGAGGAAGAAGAUAGAGAUCUAAAACGUGGCAAGCCUCUAUAUCUUAGCCAGGACAGGUAUCAACUACUGGAACAACAAUGGUUGGCACAUCGAUUCGAUCAUACGAAGAAAACAUGGGUAUGGCAUCGUGAUGCUCUGUGACCCCUUACGAUGUUAUCAUACAUCGCUCGUCGUUCUUAAUCUUAGAAUCGAAGAAGACUCUCCCCCUUUUCUUUUUCUUUUUUUUUUCUUGUUCUCGUGAUUCCCGCAAUUAUUCUCACACAAAAUGCCUCGUCCUUUCGCAGUAAUGUCCGCGCGCUUUAGAGAUUAACAGAAAUAGACAGCUCUUAAUAGAUAUUAUAUAUUUAUUAUGCAAUCGAAUAUAGUAGGCAUCUAAAUGACAAAUGAAAGUAUUACAAAAAAAACACUCGUCUGAAGAAAAGAAUAAAUUUUGUUCAUAUAGUCAUGCGCAGCUUGAAUAAUGCAUAUUAUGUAGAAAUUUUAUGUAUGAUGCCCUCAAAUUAUAAAAACUUGUACAUUUUAUUUAAAUAUAUACAUCGGACCGUUCCCAAUUUAAUCUUUUCGCGUAAUUAUCUCUGAAACAAGUGGUUACUGAAAAAAAAUCACAUCAAAAGCUUUUUCAAAUUAUACACAAACUGUUCAAACAUGAAUAGAUGAAAUGAAAUAAUUUUGAUCUGCAACUUUUUUUCUUUAAAAACCACUAAUUUUAGUGAUUAUUAUGGAAAAGAUUAAAGUGAAAUGCAUACCCUGUAUAUACAUAUAUAAAAUACGUCCUAAUAAUUUAAAAAAAGUACUUAUCUAAUGUAGCAUUUCUACUUUGUAGAAAUAAAACAAUAUUUAAGAGAUAAUUGCAAAGAGAUGAAAUUCGUCUGCUGCUUCAAAUAAUUGAAUCGCUCGUUUUGGAGAUGGAUAAUAAUUUCAGAUUAUAUUUCUUUACUUCAAGCACUUCGCAGAUACAUGUAAACACAAAUUUUCUCGCGAAUAUUUAUAUUUUAGCAUUAAUGUAUAAAAUAUAUAUUAAAUUUCCAAAUAUUAACAUUGCUAUGAAGAAGAUCAUAUUACUAGAAGUAUAAGAAUUAUGAAGGAAAGAAAUGUCAAAGACUGACGUCUUUAGAUCUGUAUUUAUAUAUGCCCGACGACAAAGAUAUUAGAAUCUAUAUAUAGUCAGAAA